AUGCUUCGAGAUGAGACGCAGGUGCCGGCAGACGAGCUCCGCAGCUUCCUUGAGCUCCGCAAGAUCGCGAAGGCGUUUUGGGAUUUCAAGCUCACCUUCCGCGAGACCCGCUGCUCCACUGAGGAUGCGGCGAAGUACUUCUCCAACAUCAACCACCUCGGGGUACCGCUGCCGCAAAAGUCGCUGCAGAUGAUGCCCGCGUACUGCAUCGCCGACCCCGCUACAAAGAUCAAGUUCAACCAGAUGGUCAAGGCGUCGAUCGACCAGUUUGCCUACAUGCCUCCGCACGUGGCGCGCGCCUUCAGUGACGAAAUCGUUGUGCGCGCCCUCAACUACAAGCAGGAGCAGGAGACCGUCGCGCAGCUCAACCUCAACAGCGUCGAUUGGUCGGAGCACUCGAAGGAACGGCUCAAGGCCACCUUCGAGUGGGUGAGCCAGCUUCGCCAGGAGUGGGGCCUUGAGUCCGCACCCGCGGCGAUGUCCGCUCAAGAUGGCUUUGUUCGCCCCGCCCUGGCCGUGAUGAUCGUCGCUUUGUACCGCUACGUCCCUGUCAACGGGGACAUCGACGACGUCGAGGUGGACGAGGAAGAUGCUCGGCUGCGUCGGCUCGGUGUGUACUUCGCCUUGCGCAUGCUCUACUUUGCGACGCUGAAGUCGCACGAGAAGGGCACCGGCGUGCAGAUCAAGUGGGCCAGCGACAUUCUCGACGGCGAGCUCCCGCAGAUCAACGUGCUACUUCCCGAAGUCGACGCUGGCCAGGCCAUCGACCAGAAGCUCCGGGCGCCCUUCCUCACCAUGAUCAGCAUGCUACGCCACUUCGAGGCUGCCCCCUCUGCCGCCGCUGCGGCGGCCUCGUCUACUGCCUCGUCGCACAUCGUCUUUGAUGUGACGCCCGAUGAUGUCAACUGGCAAAAGCACCACUUCUACCCGAAGGAGAUGUGCGAGCAAGCGAGCAUCGAGAAGGGGAUCUACAACUCGCUCUACAACUUCACCUGGCUCGAGCACUCGGUCAAUGCCAAGCUCUGCUGCCACCCUGCCAUCUAUUUGCCCCUGCUCAAGUUUGUGUACGUUGACGGCAACGACAAGGGGACUCUCGAGGCGAAGGAGCCGCCGGCAGCGCCGAGGAAGCGACGACGCACCCCCGCCAUUGUGGACUCCACCAUCUCAUGGGACAACCCGGACAUCAUCAAGAUCCUCAAGGACACGGAGCUCACCCCCGAGAAGUUCCGGGAGUCGUACGUCAUCAAACCCGACCCGGCGACGGUGACGAGCUCGAAGCUGGACGAGUGGCUGGAGCAAAACUUCUUCCUGCCGGCAGGGGUCGACGACGACAUCUUCGUGGAGCUCAAGGGGCGGCGCAAGCGCGUGAUGGACGCAAUCGAGAGCGUUGUCGCGGUUGCUGGCUGGGAGGCGUCGUCGGUGCACUUCACUGCCGGCCGUUGA